AUGGUUAGUGUGGAUCCAUAUGGUUUUGAAAGACCAGCUGACUUUGACUACGCAACCUAUGAAGAAUUCUUUUCUAGAUACUUAGUGGUACUCACUCGGAGAGCAAUUAAGUGGUCCAAACUUUUAAAGGGAAGCACAAGGGUACAGAAAAACAUAAAAGUUAAACGCUAUAUCAGAAAAGGCAUUCCAAAUGAGCACCGUGCCGAAGUCUGGAUGGUAGUGAGUGGUGCUCAGUCUCAUAUGGAUUACAACCCAGGCUACUACCAGAAAUUAUUGGAAGGAGACCAUAACAGCAAACUUGUCGAAACUAUUAUGACAGACAUAAAUAGAACAUUUCCAGAUAAUAUAAAGUUCCGCAAAACUGCUGUUCCCUGUUUACAGAAAACACUCUACAAUGUAUUAGUAGCAUAUGGGCACCACAACCCAUCUGUGGGCUACUGCCAGGGCAUGAAUUUCAUAGCUGGAUACUUGAUUCUUAUUACAAGGAAUGAGGAGGAAUCAUUUUGGUUAUUAGAUGCCCUCAUCGGCCGAAUAUUACCUGAUUAUUAUAGUCCCGAAAUGAUGGGUCUGAAAACAGAUCAAGAGGUUCUUGGACACCUUGUGAAAAUGAAGAUUCCAGCUGUGGCAGAAUUAAUGGAAAAACAUGGCAACUUGUGGACUUUGGUGGCAUCCCGUUGGUUUAUAUGUUUGUUCAUUGACAUUCUUCCAGUAGAGACUGUGCUCCGAAUUUGGGACUGUUUGUUUUAUGAAGGAUCAAAAAUAAUCUUUCGUGUGGCCUUAACAUUAAUUAAGCAACAUCAAGAUUUCAUUUUGGAAGCUACAAAUUUUCCUGAAAUCUGUGAAAAAUUUAAGCAGAUUACUACAGGGUCAUUUGUAACUGAAUGUCACAUAUUCAUGCAGAAAAUAUUUACGGAACCUGGAAGUCUGCGAAUGGCUACAAUAAACAAACUACGAGAUACGUGUAGAGCAAAUCUGAUUACUUCAGUCUAAAUGAACAUUACUUCACUUGCUCAGAUACAAUUUUCUCAGGCUGCCAUUGACACUUCACUAAUUAGCGCCAGCCUUUCAUGUGUUCAGUGGGAUUUUUUUAUUUAAAAAAAGCACAAACACUUUAAUUAUUAUGUAAAUAAAAUGUAAUGCAGAUGUAAUCCCUUUUCAACAAAUGGACUAUAUAUUUUCAGACAUUUUUGUAAUAACAGAAUACAAAACUAUAUAAUAAAGUAUAUUUGAAGCUAUCAUUUUUUGAACUGUAACCAUGUUAAGGCUCUGGACUUUAAGUAGAGAUCCUUGUUUAGAAAACUAGUGCUCUACUUAAUCUCACUUUUUUUUUUAAAGAACAGCAUAUCUACCUUUUUCUGUUGUCUGGCUCUGCUAAAUGAGAUUAUUUUAUUUAUAUGCACACACACGCUUACAUUCUGAAUAGUGAACUUUGAUAGAAUCAAAAACACCAGGAGUUACACCUUACAGCAAAUUAAGAAACAAUUUAUGUUUCUACUUUUCUGCAUGUUUAU